AUGUCCUACCAAGCCCACGUGGUAUCCCUCUCAUUUGCGUCACUGGCGCUAGUCGUGGGGUAUGUGUACAUCACUGCGUGCACCAAUCUUGUCUCUAAGAUUACCUGUUUCGCUAUCGAAGUGCUACUAGCCGUACCAAUCUACCGGCUGACAUUCCACCCCCUGACAAACUACCCUGGACCGUGGAUCGCGGCCGUAACAGAUCUGUACAGCAUCUACCACUGCCUCGCGGGCGAUCGACACCUGGACUUCCUGCGUCUACAUGAAAAAUACGGCCCCGUCGUUCGAUUUGGACCAAAUCGAUUGGCAUUCUGUAGCGACCAGGCUGUCUCGGAUAUUUAUGGCGUGCGUGCCAAUACGCAGAAAUCCCAGGUCUACAGCGCCUUCAAGCACUUCUUCGCGGUCCCCGCCAGUCUUACCACCAUCGACCGCAAGAUCCACUCGUAUAAGCGACGAGUAACCAGUCGGGCGCUGAGCACCUCCGCCGUCAGAGGUCUCGAGGAACUGAUUCUGCAGAACGUGCGAUUCUUCUUCACCCUCCUCCCUUCCUCAUCCCCGGACCAGCCGCAACCAUGGUCCAAUCAGACCGUCGACCUCAGCAAAUCCAUUCAAUACCUCCUCUCCGACAUCAUGGGCGACGUUACCUUCUCCAAGAACUGGAACACGCAAUCCAGCACCGCUAACCGGCCUCUCCUGGACCUCAUGACGCUCGGCACUUGUGGCAUCAAUCUCGCCGGCCAUGUCCCCGCUCUUCUGAAGCUGAAUCUCGACAAGAUCUGCUUCCCCUCGCUCACGCGUGGUGUCGCGGACUUUUUCCGCCUCUCAGAAGCCCAGUCCUCAUGGCGUAUCUCCGUCGACCCGGCCUCCCUACCUCAUCGCGACCUCUUCGCUGCCCUCAUCGACGCCCGCGACCCCGACACCGGCCGCGGCUACUCCCAGUCUGACCUCGUCGCCGAAGCAGGUAUUCUCAUCGUCGCGGGCUCCGAUACCACAGCCACAGCCACAACAUCGACGCUCUUCUACCUCCUUCAUCACGCAGAAGCAUACGCCCGCGCCCGCGACGAAAUCGACCGUGCGUUCCCCUCCCAAACAGACGAAAAUACCGCAGAAAUCGAAACCGUUCGUAUGGGCCCUUCCCUCGACAGCUGCUCUUUCCUUUACGCAUGUAUCCACGAAUCCAUGCGUCUGUCUCCUCCCGUCGGAGCCGUCUUACCACGAGAAGUCCUUCCAGGGGGUCUGAUCGUACGCACGAACGAAAAGGAACACGUCGUCCCGGCAGGCACGGACGUCGCGAUCCCUAUCUACGCCCUUCAUCGCCAGGAAGCGUACUGGUCUGACCCGCAUGCCUUUCGGCCAGAGAGAUGGCUUGAUCUGGGUGAUUCGGUGGGUAAAGCCUCCUCCUUGUCUUCUGGGGGUGGACAUGCAAACGCAUACAUGCCUUUCGGCGCUGGCCGGACUAGCUGCGUCGGUCAGGGCUUGGCGUAUCAGGAGAUGGGGUUGAUAUUGGCGCGACUAUUUCGCGCGUAUGAUAUUCGGUUGGCGCCGGGGGUGCAUGCUGGUGAAGGAGGGAAGUGGUGGAAGGGGGGUCUACGAUGGGGAAGGGAUAGGGAGAAUGAUUUCCAGACGAAAGACGUGUUUACCAGUACGCAUGAAGGGCCGGUGGUGCAGCUGAGAAAGAGGGUUUUGGGCAGGGAGGGGGCUCUGAUUGAGUAG